AUGUCGUCAAUAUGCCUGACAAUAUUCAACCAAUUCUUGGCGAACAAAACUUUCAAACUCUACCCACGGAUACGAAAGAUUUUCUCGUCUCUAUUGUCACCAAAAGCUUUUGGAGACAUUUGCCAAGAAGUUCAUACUGGAAGACUUUACGACCACCAUGUGGAACAACUUGUUGGAAGCACGGGAUUGGUGGAGGCAAAGAAACGGAUAUCCGCAAGGUUCUCCUGCCAACGAUUUGACGAGAUUUUCCAACGGCGACUCAAGGAGCGAAAGAACAGCCAGCAGCAGAAUGGUGGUGGUGGUGGUAACAACGAUGACUAUCGAGAAGGCAGUGCUAUGGAACAGAUUGUGGAUGCCCUCAUUGAAAUGGGAUGCACUGGUGAAGAAAAAGAUGACGAUGAUGGUGUUCCCCCAUAG